AUGGCGGCGAGACAGAAGAGGCUGCACGUCCUGGUGAAAGAUCUUUCGCGUGACUUCCGCCUCCAGGCCGACGCAAAGGUGGCGGCCGGGUGCUCGGCGUACCUGCGAAACCAAUUCCCCUUCCUGGGUCUUCGGGGUCCAGUUCGGCGGCAGGUGCAGAAGGGGGUGUUCGCCAAGCACGGCCUUGAGGACGGCCAAGAGUUGACCACGGUGCUCAAGCAGUUGUGGAAGAUGGAGGAGCGCGAGUACCAAAUGGCUGCCAUCGAUUUGGCCGUCAAGUAUCAGAAGCUAUGGACCCAAGAGAUGUUCGAAACUUUCGAGUACAUGGUUAGGAACAAGUCCUGGUGGGACACUGUGGACCUGGUUGCCUCCAAGCUGGUGGGCGGGCUCAUACAGAAGCACCCGGACCUGGUGGCUAGAAUGGACGAAUGGAUCGAUGACGAGCACAUGUGGGCGCGCCGAACGGCUAUCAUUCACCAGCUGAACUACAAGGCACCUCACUUCACCUCACUCUGGUGGACGAAGACAGACCAGGUGAAGCUCUUCGACUUCUGCAAGCGCCGGGCGCACGAGAAGGAGUUCUUCAUCCGCAAGGCCAUCGGGUGGGCGCUCAGGCAGCACGCUCGCCUCGAACCUGAUGCCGUGGUCGCUUUCAUCGAGGAGAACCGAACCACCCUGUCGGCCCUCAGCGUGCGGGAAGCCACGAAGCGGCUCGCUCUUUAG